AUGCGUUGCGACUGCCAAUGUUUGAAGGCCAAGUUGGUCACCACGCUGCUGGCCCUCGCUCUGCCAGUGCCCACGGGUGUGGUGGCGCCCAGUAUGGUGCUGGGCGCCUUGCUGAUGCGAGCCAUCUGCACCCAGCUCCCAGAUGGGUUCUUUACCCCGCUGCUGAGACAGGAGGACGAUUUAGGCGCCUUCUUGGCGCGACUCAGCAUUUUGGGCGCCUCUGCCUUCAGCUGCGCGGUGGUGCGCGCCUACGGCGUGGCCAUCACCACCUUCGAGGCCAUGGCCCUGAGCAACAUGGGGGUGCCGUUGAGCCUCAGCAGCCUCACCGCCAUCUUCGUGGCGGACCUCAUCUCGUUGCCCUUCUUUGACACUGCCCUGGUUCGAAAGGGCUGGCAGGGAGUGAGCCAAAUGACCUGCACCAACCACGCAGAGGAGCCGGCCUUCCUAGUCAUGCAGCCGCAUUCCGAGUUCAUUUCAUUGCCGGAGAUGGCAAGCUUGGAGCACGUGGAUGCGGCCCUGCGAGCGACGCCGCUGGAGUUCAGCUUUCCAGUGAUCUCCACAGAUGACCACCUGUCGGCGGUGCACCCCCACCACCACUUGCUGCGGGGCACCAUCUCCCGUGAGGCGGUCGCGGAGGUGAAGCGACGCCUGGAGGCCAGCCAGGAGAAGGAACCUCAGGAGGAGGAUAAGCAUGUAUCUCUUCUGAGUCUCCGGUGGGAGGACUCCCAGAGAUUCGGGCAGCUCCUGGCUGACAUUCUACCGCUCUCGGUGGACCCCUUGGCCACGGUGCAGGAGCUUUACAUGACCCUGAAGGUGGUGCGCAAGGAGGUGGCUUACGUCACCGCCCAUGGCGUUCUGCUGGGCCGAGUCGGCUUUAAGGAGCUCAUUGGCGAAGGCAUGCCCAUCGCCAAGGGUCUGGGCGCUUUCCAUGAUCAGGAGACCUUCAAGGCGAUCUACAAUGCCGAGAGCCCGCAGAGCUGGGUCCCGUUUCCCGAGAAAGGCAAAGAGGUUUCUGGGCUGCAGGUUUCGGACCAGAGCCUGAAGCACACCUUGGAGUUUGGCAUCGGCAUCCACCACGCGGGUCUUCCCGAGCGCGAUCGCAAGGUCGUUGAAGAGCUCUUUGUGGAGGCAAAGAUCAUGGUGCUGAUUUCCACCUCCACUCUGGCCUGGGGUGUGAACUUUCCGGCUCACCUGGUGAUCAUCAAAGGCACUGAGUACUACGACGGCCAGCUCAAGCGCUACGUGGACUUCCCUAUCACCGACGUCUUGCAGAUGAUGGGCCGCGCCGGGCGGCCGCAGUUCGACACCGAGGCCCGGGCCGUGGUCAUGGUCCACGAGCCAAAGAAGAACUUCUACCGUCGAUUCAUUUACGAGCCUUUCCCCGUGGAGUCCUCCUUACAUGAGCAGCUGACAGAUCAUCUGAAUGCCGAGAUUGUGGCCAAGACCAUCAGGACAAGAGAGGAGGCCAUCGACUACGUGACAUGGACCUAUUUCUUCCGUCGCCUCACGGCCAACCCUGCCUACUACGACCAGCAGGCGGCACUAUUGGAGACCCCUGACUUCGAGAAGCAGAAGGACAUGCUGGCCAACUACAUCGAGCGGCUGAUGAACAAGUGCUUGGAUGAGCUCAUCCGCUCCGGGUGCAUUGAGCUCAAAGAGGACCAGGUCACGCCGGCAGGCAUGGCCUCCGCUCUGGUGGAACCCACCAAGUUGGGGCGAAUUGCCUCUCUCUACUACCUGAGCCAUCGCACUGUUGCACAGUUCCAGCGGACUCUGGCGAGGGAAGGCAUGGGAUUCGUGGAGAUCAUGCGGGUGCUGUGUGAGUGUCCUGAGUAUGAUGAGCUGCCUGUCCGUCACAAUGAGGACAAGCUUAACGCAGAGUUUGCGGAGCAUUGCCCAUUGGAGGUGGACCUGGCGGUCCAAGCCUACGACUCCCCGCACACCAAGGCCUUUCUGCUGUUGCAGGCACAUAUGUGGGGAAUCUCGCUGCCCAUCAAUGACUACAAGACGGACCUCAAGAGCGUCCUCGACCGGUCCAUUCCGCUUAUCCAGGCUAUGGUGGACAUAGCAGCGGAGGAGGCACAACUUCGGUCGACCUUGAACCUGAUCCUCCUGCUGCAAUGUCUCCAUCAGGCUCACCAGCCCUGGAGAAGCUCUUUGGCAACCUUACCGCACCUGUCUGACAAGGCUCUUCGGGUGCUGCGGUCCCUGGGUGUGGAUUCACUGCCAGAGCUUAUCGAGCGCCGGGAUGCUUCCAAGAUCCUGACGAAGCUUUCGCUGCCGAGCGCCGACGCGGUCAAAGAGAUGCUGCAGAUUGUGCAGGACAUGCCCAGGCUACGCAUGCGUGUGGAGCUCCGCGUGCUUGACCCAGAGGAGCCGGGGGAGAAAGAGGCGGAGGACCCAGACAAGCCCAAGCGCCGCAAGGGUAAGCUGGUGGCAUCCCCAUACAAGGUGCCGCCGGACAGCGAGUUGGAACUCACCGUGGUGCUGUGCUACGACAACGAGCCCAUGAAGUUCGUUCACGCGCCCAGAUUUCCCAAGAAGAAGACCUACUCCUGGUGGUGCAUCCUGGGAGAUACCGAGGUAGACGAGCUUGUCUCCAUCAAGAAGGCGCUUCUGCCCACAAGGCAGCGCUUCGAGCGGCGGAUCAGCUUUCAGUUCUGCUCCCCGGCAGACGAGGUGGGCGAGACCUUCACGCUCUCGGUGCUGUGCCGCUGGGCGAUGCUGGGCGGGGCGUCAGGGAUUCGGCGACGGAGAGGCAUGUCCGACUCCUUCUUCGGCUUGGACCAGCAGUUGGACCUGUCCAUCACCACCGCGGACCCAGACGCCUGA